AUGGAUAAAAAACCAUCUUUAAAAGAAAAGCUUGACGAGAGGAGGCUGUAGUAAGAUAGAUUAAGUUUAGCAUAAAAUCCAGUGAUGAAGGACAGAAUUGAGAAAUAACUUCUUUAAAAAACUGUUGAUGAAAGUUAAAUGGAAUAAGUUUAACUGGCCAAUUAAAGUAACCUUAGCAUCGAUUCUAAGAAUGAAAUGAAAGCAAUAGAUUUAAUUUCACCCCAAAACAGAGUAAAUAGUAUGCCAGAACCAGAUAACUUUGUAUCUUCUCCCAAGAAUUCUCAAAAGUCUCCUACAAUGAGAGACAAAAAUAUUAAAAUAGAGUCCUUAGACAUUAAUUUUGUAGAUUCAAAGUAGAAAAAUGAGACUUAAGAGUUUCUUACUCAAGUUGCAAAGAAGCAAAGCAUUAUAUCACUAGUUGAUUAACAAAGACUGAGCCAUAUGUUCGUUCAGCAAACUCCUAGAGGAAGAGAGGAUAUUUUGCUAUCACCUCUGAAGUUUAUAAUGCCAGUUAGAAUGUACUCAAUUAAGAGAGACAAUGAGUAUAUUCAGUCUUUUGAAUCAAAUAAUCUCAAUUAAAUAGUUAAAUCUGAAUAAGAAUACACUUCUCAUAACAAUUCAAUCGAAUCAGUCAGAGUCUCUCCUCUAGCUAAAGGAGAUGAUUAUUUCAACUCUAUUAUUGAGGAUUAAGUUUAAGAGGACGAUAAUAAAGAUUAAAGAGAUAAUAAUCUUACUAAUGAUCCAAAUAGAAAUUUUGAAAACCUUGUGGAUCUGUUAUAGAAGCCAUGUUGUGACAGAAAAGAUUCAGACUUAAUGCUAAUCAAAACCUAUCUCAAGACCAAGCAGCUUCAACUUUUCAAGUAGAAUGACAAACUUGCUGAAUAUGGAGAAGAUACUAUCAAUCAAAUGAUUAAAGCCUUCAGAUAUCAAUUCUUAGAGGGAAACUAGUUUUUAUUCCAAUAUGGAGACAAAGCCUCCACAUUAUACAUCAUAAUUAAGGGAUCAGUUGAUGUCAGAGUUCCAUAAGAUAUUUAGAUAGAAAUGCACCCCUCUGAAUAUGAGGAAUUCGUCACAAAGAACGAAAAAUACAUAAUAGAUGAAUCUCCCAACAAUGAUUAAAUAAUGAAUGACUACUUCUAUUACUUGAAUCAUCCUAAGCCAGCAAAGCCAUAAAACUAAAAAGAACCAACAAACAAAUAUUCUGCUCUCAAAAUUUAGACAUAACCAUAUAAGACAUAGACCUUUAGCUUUCGUUUCUAGUAAUAUGUUACGACUCUCAGACAGGGUAACUCAUUUGGAGAGCUAGCUUUAAUGUAUGGAAAGAACAGAUCAGCUACAAUUGAAACUGCAGAGGAUACUCAUUUUGUUACUCUUGAGAAGAAAGAUUAUAAAAAGGUACUAAUGGAGGCCGAUGAAAAGAAAAUGACUGAAGAACUGAAAUAUAUAAGAUAGUUUGCAAUUCUCGGUCAGAUGACUAGGAUUACUCUGCAUAAGCUUUAUCUGGAGAUCAAUAUCAUGAAAUUUAAAAGAGGGCAGUUGGUGUACAAAGAAGGUGAUCCUAUGACUCACAUGUAUCUUAUUAAAAUAGGUGAUUUUGAACAAAGCAAGAUCUUAAGGUAUGUAGUCCAGAAAGAAUAAGGACUUAAAGUACUAAAUAAGUAUUUCACAUAGCAGAAAAUUGAGCAGCCUAAAUCAAGUAUUGCAUCUUUGCCUAUAAAACAAAAGAAAUUCUAACUGGCACUGAUUGGUGAUUUCGAUAUUUGCUGCCUUGAAGAAUACUUUCUGCAAAGUAAGACCUAUUUAUCAUCAUUGGAGUGCAAGUCAAGCGAGGGAGUCGUUUAUUAAGUAAAACUAGAAUUCUUCAAGAAAAUCAAGAGUGAUGAAGUUACUAAAUUACUUAAUCACAUGUCGUAGGACAAAAUUGAAUUCUUGAAUAAGAGAUUGAUACAAAUUGCUAGAGCAUUUAAAAGAAGAUACAAACUUGAGAGAAAGAGUUCUCCUGGGAAAAAGUAAGACUCUGAUGAUUCUGAGGAGGAAGAGUAAGAAAUUCUGUAAAAUCAAGAGAUAAAAGCCAAAAGCUAACUUCAUAAGACUUUAAGUCCAAAAUAAUCUCGAGGUGAAGACUAGAAAAUGUUAUCUCAGUUUAACAGUAUCAAGAGUAGUGCUGCAUCAUAAGCAAGUAAUGCAAGAGGAUUUAACCUAAACCCAUAGAACUAAAUCUUGACAAAUUUUUCUACAUUUGACAACAGACCACCUAAUAGGCAACAAAAUUCCUAAGUAUAUGUAGACGAUUAGGCGAAAAAUCAAUAAUAAAGUCAAAUUAAAUCACCUUUAAGCUCUUAGACUCAUUUUUUAGAGACAUAGAAAUAAACAGAAGUGAAAAUUAAAGAUGCAGAUUUAGAAAAAAUGGACAAAGAUAUGCUUAAAUAGGCAAAAGCAGAGUGGGGAUUCGGAAACAGAGUUGGAUUUUAUAGAAAUUUAUUGGCUAAGUAGUUGAAUCCAAUAAGAACUCAACCUUUUACAAAGCUAAGAUUAUCUUCACAAAAUAGUGAGUCUUAAAUUAAAUCUUCAAGAAAUUUCGAUCUGUCCAAACAAAAUUCUUAAUAAUCAGAUCAUAAUGUUAUGCUCAGCAAGAUAACUUUUCCAUUUUUUGAGGGUGCACAGACAACAAGAUAACCUUAAAAUAAAUUACCUUUUAUUGUUCCAAGAAAUCAGUAAAUCACUAGAUAACCAGUUAUUAAGUAAAAACAAUAGUCACCUGUAUCUUAAAAGAACUUAUAUAUCUAGCAAAAGCAGUUAUAAGUUGUGCUUAAUACCAUAAGCUUAGGAUAACUCCCCCCUUAGCCAGAAUAACAAUCUAUUCUAUAAGGAAGUGUAUAACCAAAAACUGCUAGAGUGUAGUAAAAAAUACUAGUAAAAUUCUAAAAUGACAUUAUUCAUUCUUAGAUUCAACAAUCAAGAGCACAAACUCCUAGCUCUUUAUCAGUCACUAAGUCAUCUAGAUUCUCAGCUUAGACUAAUUAAAAUUACUUUGCAUUGAAUAGGGCAGCUCUUUAUACUGAUACACUUGGAACCACCCCUUUCAACAAAGAUUUAAAUAUAAUCUAUAAAUCAGGCAAGAAAAGUAGCAUGAAUAUACUUGAAAAAAAUGAGGUUGAAAUGGACAAGUUGAUGAGAGAUUCUAUGGAAAAGAGGAGAUAAUCAAUGCAUAGAAAGCCUUUGAAUAAUGAUGAAUUGGCUAUUGAAGGAGAAACUAUUGAGAGAUUUUGA